AUGCCAGGUUUAUAUUUUCAUUUUUAUGGUUCUAGAGGUCCUAGAAAAAGACUAGGACGUCAAAUAAGAACUAUUAAAUAAACGUACUUGGGCCGGAAAAUGAGAAAGAAUUCAAGAUUUUUCUUUUGAAAGUUUUCGUUGGAAAUAAAAUUUCGCUCCUUUUCAAAAGUGAUGUUUUCGAGUCCCUGGCAAAGUUAUACCUACCUCAGAAGCCUCCAUAAAUCUCAGAUAAACGGAUAAUAUUUUCAUUAUUUUUUUUUUUGAAGCUUUUCUUUGAAUGAAGAUGAAGGGGAGUCAAAUGCUGUUUUUUUUUCUAUUUCUCAUUUUAUUUGGACGAAAUACGGCUAGAUUUCUGUGUAAUUAUCUGCGAACAAAGAAAUAAUACUCAGAAUUACAUUAUGAAGCUUUUUUUUUUUGGAAACUGUUCAGUUCUCUUAUUGAGACGCAUCAUUUUUUUAUAUCGUAACUUCCAAUUUUUUCAUUUUGUUCUUUCUUUCUUUACAUAAAGCUUCCUGGCUUUUCAAAGACUCCAGCAGAGAAUUUUGGGAGGAAUGUUGAAUUUUAUAUUGGAAGAUAUAAUUCUGAACCUUUUUUUGAGGAAAAUUCGGCGAUUCCCCAAAAAAUAGCCUUCUUUUUUAACUUGUAGUAUCUCUACCUCAGUAAAGCUUGUCACUGGUUGUUUUGGCGGAGCGCCAAGACACGUGAUGAGCGCCAAAAAGUAAGAUUCAAAUCAGUUGCAGUGGUCGGCGACAAUGACACGGCGUUUGGCACGAUGCCAAGCGACGCCCUUCCGCCGUGCACCUGGCAGCAAAGCGGCGGCGACGCCAACCCGGAGACCCUGAAAAAGGGCACCAGAAGGACUGUUGAUGAGCAGGAUCUUCAGGUCCGUACCGAGGGGGAGAAUGACCUUGAAAAUGCUCUUUUUCAAAUUUCACUUGAUGUGAAAGUGCUAGCGGGUGUAAUAUUGGCUCUCAAAGAAAGACAAAAUUAAAUUUCAAUAAUACUUUUUUGAAGGCACGGAAGUCUUGCAUUAAAUUGGAUUUAUACUGAGAACGGCUCUUCGUUUUUUUAAAUUUGAAUGAGUUUGUCUAUGCUCCUUUAAAUACCCAUUUCGAUCAGAAAAUCGAGUUUGAGUUAACAGUUUGAAAAAAAAAGAAAGUGUUUUUGAAUGAAAAAGAAGCAAACGGACAAGUUUUCCCCUGUUCAGACCUGCAUUCAAAUUUUUUUGGAUGCCUAAAAUUAGGAGAACUAGGGACAAAUUUAGUGGCCACUCAAGAGGUUCCAAAAGACUACUUGGAGAGGGCACUAAAGUGGCCACUAAAACCACCUCCAUAGAAGCCACUUCUUUGCGACAUAGUGGCCACUUUAGUAGUUUUUGAUAGUACCACUUAGACUUGUAAAGAGGCCACUAAACUUGAGCCUCUUAAGUGGCCCCUUAUCCGACUACUAUAGUGGCCACUAAACCGCCAAGACCUUACAGUGGCCACUAAAAAGUUUCCACUAAAAUUUUAAGCAGUUUCCUAUCUGCAUCAUCGAUUUUCAUGCAAAAUUAGCCCAGCGACCGGGAAGUCUUCGAUUCCUGGACCUUUCGUUGUAAGAAUCGUAUCUUUUUUUUUCGUCCAAAGUUUCUUUCAUUUUUCACGACAUUUCUCGAACCUGUUUUUGGCCAAUAUCGUCGAUGCGAUUAUUCUCGUCUACCCUCUUCAAUUUCCAAUGGAGACAGCGAGUUUUGACUUGGAUUUUCUGUGUAUGGGAGCUUUUUGAGAUGAAGCUAAAAGGAAAUAGUGGUAAUUGAUGGAUCGAAUUUGUUUACAGUGGUCAGGAAAUGGAAUAGAAAGGAAUUUGAUAGUUUUGAGUCAUUUUUAAAACGCCUGAGAGCUUGAUAAUUCAAUUUUUGAAUGGUGUUCGAACUGUUGGGCUUCCAAAAACGUAUAUAAGGGGAGAGUUUGGAAAAGUCGUCAUUCUGUUCUUCAAAACUUUUUUCUUUGUAUUGUUAAUUUUUUAUUAUUUUGACUCGUAUUUCUAGUCAAAAUAGGUGUUCGAAAGAGCACAGAUGCUGUGCUUACAGAUGCUCUUUCUAAAAAAGCCCUAAAGUGGACCCUAACUUUUUUUUUCACGUGUUAUUGAUACAAAGUUGUGUUUGGGAUAUGAUUUUGAACGAAUUUCUCGCGCUACGACACGAGCUAGCUUUUAUUUUUGAUGUUGAGCUUAUCGUAAUUGAUUAUAACAGCUAGAAACAGUGGAAAUGGGUCAACUGUAUAUUUAUUAUGAUUUAUCAAAAAGUUAAAAAAAGUUGAAGAACAGAAGAGAUUGGCAAAAAAAACGAAAUAAACUCGAUCUUUUCCUAGCGCCGAAUUUCCGGUCAAACUAUAGAGAGUAUCGCUGUCGUCUUUGGUGCGUUUUUGAGUUAUUCAAAGAAGUUCAAAUUUUUUCUCAAAAUCUUCCCUCAAUAGAUCUUCCUGGAAUUGUUUCACGCAGAACCUUCCUCAUUGAACGGUAUUUUUUCGGAUAAAUAAACAGAGUUUAAUAGUAAGAAGAGCGUUGGAAAUGAUGCUACAAAGAAGAAACUGAUGCUUUGUUCAGUUUUUAGGAGAAUUUUGAGAUCCUUCACCUUCCCUUUGUUUUCCGCUCUAUCACUUGAAAGUUCAAAAAAAGCUCACGUUCAUUAAAUUUUGAAUUUUCGAAAUGUUCCGAAUUCCUAUUAUUAACUCUGAGAAGAAGAGGGGGAAAAGGAAAAUUAGAAAUUUUGGAAAUCCAACUAUAUUAUAUAUUAGGAAAACGAUUUUUGUGAGUAGUCCUGUCGAAAAUUUGCGGAACGAGCUCCAAAAUUUUUUUGGGAAAAAUUCGAUUGUAUGGAAAAAAGGUUAUUGUACGGUUUUUCAGACCUCUUUUUUCAAUUUUAGACGGUUCGGUUAGGAAAUUUUUGGGCUUUUUUUAUGUUUUUUCAAGAUUUUCAUUCACCCUAUCGUUUUGCAUAAUUGUUUUUUACAAAAUUGGAUUUUGUAUUCUGUUCUAGUUUUCAAAAGAGGAAUGACAAAUUUCAUAAAGGUCUUGAGGCGAAGAGCCGUAUUCAGCUUCAUGAAACUUCUAUGCCCAAAAAUUCCCAAGAAAGCGAUCAUAUCAGAUUUUCCCAACCUUUCAACCAUCUUGAUCGCAAAAAACAUGAUUGAUGAGAAUGUUUCGGACCGCGGAAAAACGGUGUCUCUUCUAACCGUCUUACCGGCCCCUCCUUGAAACCAACACUGUCUAACUGCCCCUUUCCCGUCUCCGUCUAGAGGGAAGAGACAGUUGCUCCGCGCCAUUUACGGCUUUUGUGACACGAGGUUUUUUCUUUUCCGAAGGUUGGGAAAGUAGCUGGGGGUUUAUCGAAUUUCGGAUGGGAAUGGGAAUUUUCUUCGCAGUAAACAUUGUACAGUUUUGACCGCUUUUGGAUGUUCUUUUAGGCCUUUUCAGUGUUUGAACAAAUAGAACGGAGUGAUAUUUUCUUAGAAUUCGGAUCGUGUGGAAAUUGACUUUAAUGCUUUUUGAUGUACUGCAUGACUCAUUGAGACACAAGUUUUCGAAGAAUAGGAAUUUUGGACUUUCCUGGAUUGUGGCACAUCAAGCAGUAAUCUGACCACUUUUCCACAUAAUUCCAAAAUAAAUGUAAAACUUCCUUGAUUUUAAAGUUUUCGAUCAGAAAUUAAUUAUUUCCUUGUUGUCCGUAGAGAAGGCCAUACGCAUUGAAGAAGAAAGUGCUUUCGAAAAUUUUGUGCACUAGAAAUUAUUUCCACGUAUUUGGACUAUUAAUGGAACCUGUUUACACCUUAGAAGGCAAUUUUCAAAAUUGGAAGUCAUGUUUCAACUAUUUUCCAUUUUUUAGGCAGAUUUUUUUUGGAGAGUUUUAGUAGCAACUCGAGAACGAUUUUUCGAAAUCAAUUUUAUUUUCAAAAUGUGUCAGAAAAUCUUUCUAAGAAGGCCACUAACAUUUUUUUUUUACGGACGUAGUUUCCUAUGAUCAGCUUAAAGAUAAGAAAGUCCAAUUUUCGGUAAAUUUAAAGAUAUUGUUUAUCGCUAAAGAGCAAAAAUAUGUUUUGAUUAAAAAGAAGAAAUUGUGAGUCACCGUGCGAAAUUUUGCGAUCUCUAAUAUCGAUAAGUGUAUUCGAGCGUGUAUAAAAAGGUUUUCGAAUGGAAAUCAUUCAUUUUUUUUUUGCGGUCUCCGCUCCUGUCCUUCUUUUUCAUUUUAUUCCGUUUCUAUUAUUUUAUAGACUUUCUAUUCUUACAAGACUUAGAUUCUUUCGAUGUAGAAGAGUAGUAGAUUCUGAACGUCACGAACUGCGCGAUUUAUUAAAAUUUUUACAAUAAUUUAUUUUUCUCUUGCGCGGUUUUCAAGAAAGUGAAUAUUGAAGCUUCUAUCAUUGACAAAAAGAAAAUUUUUUUAUCGCACUCAGCAAAAAUUCAGAAACUUUAUAUAUGAAAUCGGAGAUUUUUCGAGCAAAUUUUCAAAAAUUCCGGUAUAGGACUCAUUUCUCUACUUUUAUGGAAACUAUAAUAAUUGCUAUUUACCUGAGUUUUUCAAGCUUUUCGUGCAAUUUUUUCGAACAAGGAAUGGAGUAUUUAGCUGAGCGAAGCGUGCGACGGCCAUAUCACCAUGGAAUCAAGAGAUGAACGCCUUGCGAAGCAGCGUAAACGUCAUACGCCCCAACGUGGCCAACAUGAAUUGGUACAGGAAAAUAGGCAAAAAAACUCAAAUCAAUUUAUAAAAACUAGCUUUGAAGAUCUUUCUGAAACUCGAACGUUUUCUGUUAACAUCUUGCUGAGAAAAGGAGCAUAGGCAUAUCAUACUAAUAAAGAUUUCGUGGGGAAGAGCCGUUUUUAGAGUUUGUUAAGUCAUGCAAGACUUUUCCAAUGAUUUUAGCAGAAAUUUUCUGACUUUAUCGAUUCUUUCAGAAGCGCUUGACGUCUUCGACACCGCUUCGGAUUCGCGAGGCGAACGUAGCGACGGCUCAUCAACCGUCGCAUCCGGCCCCGCCGGCCGUCAAUUCCCGACUCUUCCAGGAGCUCCACGAGCGGGAGCACAUCCGUGGGCUGGACAGGGCUGGCGCUCGACAGCUCCUUCAAGACAAGCUGGUCUUCCGCGGCGACACUGAUAUCGUGAGUAGAGGAAAGAAUGAAAGUUUAGGUCAAAAAACAGCGACUAGAUGAAUAAACUUUGGUUUUUAUUUCAAGCUUUCAAGUACAGAAACUUUGGGACUGCCAAAUUCAUCAACUAAAAUUUUGGGACUGCCAAAUUUAUCAACGAAAGAUUUGGGACUGCCAAUUUCUAGUUCGAAAAUUUUGGGACUGCCAAAUUUAUCAACUAAAAAUUUUGGGACUGCCAAAUUUAUCAACUAAAAAUUUUGGGACUGCCAAAUUUAUAAACGAAAAAUCUGGGACUGCCAAUUUCUAUCUCAAAAUUUUUGGGACUGCCAAGUUUAUCAACGAAAGAUUUGGGACUGCCAAUUUCUCGCUCAAAAAUUUUGGGACUGCCAAUUUUUAGCUUGAAACAUUUGUGACUGCCCAUUUCUAGCUCGAAAAUUUUGGGACUGCCAAAUUUAUUAACGAAAAAUCUGGGACUGCCAAUUUCUAUCUCGAAAUUUUUGGGACUGCCAAUUUUUAGCUUGAAACAUUUGUGACUGCCCAUUUCUAGCUCGAAAAUUUUGGGACUGCCAAAUUUAUUAACGAAAAAUCUGGGACUGCCAAUUUCUAUCUCGAAAUUUUUGGGACUGCCAAUUUUUAGCUUGAAACAUUUGUGACUGCCAAUUUCUCGCUCAAAAAUUUUGAGACUGCCAAUUUUUAUCUUGACAAAUUUUGGGCCAUUUCACCACGCAGCAAAAGAUAGGAGGAUUUUUGAAGCAAAAAUUUUUGUCCGAAUUUUCUCAAAAAUAUGCUCUUGAGCCUAUUCUAACCAUUCAACGCACUAAAAAUAGCGCUUUUUUCGAAAUUUUUAUUUUUCAAAAGGGCAUUGUGCUUCCGAAGGCGAUCCUCAAAAAUCUCGGAGAUUUUUCAGGACGUGAUUCGCAAGCGUCGUUUCUGCGUCUUGACGCUUUCCAACGAAAACUACCAAUUCGACGACCUUUCAAUCCCUUCGGAGGUCACUUGCGUGUCGAUGGAGCAAGGAAAGGUGAUCUCUAAAAUAUAUAAAUAGAAAAAUCACGUCAUCAAAACUUUAGAAAAAAUUGUAAAACUGAAUGACUCAUCGAUGCUAAUUUUGUGACUUGGACUUGUCUUGAUUAUGAACUUUUUGCUUAACGGUUAGAAAAAUCAGAAAAAUUUUAAAAAGCUGAGAUUGGUCUCAACUAUAGACGCUGUUUUAUUAUGAAUAUUGAUAAAUUUCGACCUUAGUACGAAUUUUAAGAUCUGCUCGGCGCUUCGUUUGGAAGCGAUCCCUGGAGAUAACUACUCUAACCGCAGUCAGUUGGAAACUAUGCGCGUGAAAAGGCUUGGGUUCAAUCCGAGCAGCGCCGACGACGUCGAUUGGAUGUACCGAUCGAUGCAUCACUUUUUCGAGCGCUGUAUGGACAGCUUGAUCUUGGUACUUUCUUGAUAUUACCGAUUUUUUGGGUGAAGAAAUGGGUAAUCACGAGAAAGAAUUUUGAAUGAAUCAUAUAGGCUAUUCAACUUUCAAAAUAGUAUGUACUUAACUUAACUUUGAGAACUGUCUCUUACUAAGUCCUAGGAAAAAUAUUUACAUAAAAAGGGCUAAAUUCAGGUGCCAGCUUGCCAGUUCGCGGCGAUCCUUCAUUGGCUGCGCCAGAUUAGUGAACUGAGAACCACAGGUUGGUAGGGGAAAAAAAUCGAAAAAAAUUCCUCAUAUCAAGGUGGAACGCCGUCGAUUUGUCUCAGCCGCGUGAUGUGCGUCGAGGAUUUCAUCAUCUCGAUUCAGGAAUUGAAUGGGUGUUUCACGGUGAUUUUCAAAACGAAAAAAAAUUGAAAAUUUUUUGGUUUUGGGAGGUGUCUAACCCGCCUCCGACGUCGAGAACUCCUUCUUUUGAGUCUAGCGUCCAGAUCAGGUGAUUUUGAGGGCGGGUCUAAUUUUUCAGCUCAUUUUUUAAGUUUAGUAGCGUUUCCGGUCUAGUAUUGUACUUAAUAAUACUUUUUCAAGCAAAUGGCUGAUCAACGCCUUGCGCAAGUGUGCCGCCGUGAGCAAGAACGAAGUUGAGACGACGCAUCCGUACCGUCCGCAGGCCUGGCUCUACGAGAACGGCAACGAGGAACCGAACGCUCAGCAGCCGAGGAAUGAGUUUCCUGAACGCGCCAACCCCUUCACCAUGAACCAUUCCAACGCGUUUGUGUACCAGCGUGCGUUUCUUUUUGAAGAACUGUGUAGUUGGUUUGGGAGUGAUGAAAAAAAGUUUCUCCUAUUGGGUCUUGUAGUUUUUUUCAUUGUAUUAAUUAAUGACAGAAAUUUGGGACUUCUUUGGUAAGUUUGACACUGCACAUUUUGAUAUUGGUAAUUUUGGGUCUGCCAAUUUUGAUAAUGGUAAGUUUGGGUCUGCCAGUUUUUAGUUCGUAAGAUUUGGGACUGCCAAUUUUUAGUUCGUAAGAUUUGGGACUGCCAAUUUUUAGUUCGUAAGAUUUGGGACUGCCAAUUUUUAGUUCGUAAGAUUUGGGACUGCCAAUUUUUAGUUCGUAAGAUUUAGGACUGCCAAUUUGGAGAUUGGUGACUUUGGGACUGCCAAAUUAGUUGUCGAAGAUUUUUUUAGCUGCCAAAUAGCACAGAAAAAUUUUUUUCUCGAAACUUUUUUUAAAAUUCCAUCUAAGUUUACUUAAACAUAGCAAAGAUUUUUCGAAUAGAUUAUUAACACUUCUAGAAAAAAACUAUCUGCGUUUAUUGAACUAGAAAUUUGAUAUCAGCUUUUUUUAAUUUAUAACUUUUCUGAGUAAUCUUUGUAAACGAAAAAUGUUAAUAGAAAUUUGAAUAAUCAGCGAUUACAGGGAGCGCCUCGGAGCAGCGCAUCUGGGACUGGGUGAUGAGCGUUGAUCCGUCAAUCACUACUGAGGACAUGGCUGAAGAUGUCUGGUCUAUUUUUCUUCUCGAGUUGAAUACAAUUAGUACUUUCAGUCAGCAGCUCGAGGAAACGUUGAACAUCAAUCCGUCGUCAGAAACCGCUUUUGAAUGA